GGCCGUUGAGAGGGCAACAGAACUCCAGGAGCGCAAGGCGGCAGAGUAAGGCAGCCAAUUGGCUUUGCUACUCGUGGUCGUUGGCAAGCAAAUAGAUCAGCAAGGCCAGGUUGUAGAGAUGGUUGACCUGGCCAGUGAGCUGACAGGUAAAUUAGAAGCCCUGCACUCACCCCAGGCGCAGGUCGGCGACAGGCUCCGUCCUCCUUGUUCCGUCAUCGUCGGCAAGGUCCGCGACCAAACGCGUAACGUCGACAAGGACGAGUACGACCCUGACCACGUUGCCAUCGGCCCGUACAACUACCCGCACCGGAACCUCACCAUGGAGCACGACAAGCUGGUGAGCCUGGAGAUGGUGCUCAAGGCUGCCAAGGCUCGGAGACCCGGGAUGCCGGUGGAGGUGAACGACUACGUCCACGAGCUCAAAUGCCUCGAGGAAUCUGUAAGGAAAUGCUACGGCAACCCGUUUCCUGGCAUUUCGAGCGAGCAAUUCGUGUGCAUGCUUCUCCUGGACGGCUGCUACAUACUCUCCUGCCUGGUCGACGGCCAACUCCGAGCACAACCCAUGGACGAUGCUGCGGCGGGGACUGUAAAUGCAGGCGUCCUGCCAGCGAACGGGGCCGUGGCGCCGGCGACUGCAGAUGCAGGCGUCCUGGCAGCGAACGGGGCCCAGGCGCCGGCGACAGCAGAUGCAGGCGUCCUGGCAGCGAACGGGGCCGAGGCGCCGGCGACAGCAGAUGCAGGCGUCCUGGCAGCGAACGGGGCCGAGGCGCCGGCGACAGCAGAUGCAGGCGUCCUGGCAGCGAACGGGGCGGAGGCGCCGGCGAUUGCAAAUGCAGGCGUCCUGGCAGCGAACGGGGCCGAGGCGCCGGCGACAGCAGAUGGAGGCGUCCUGGCAGCGAACGGGGCCGAGGAAGUAGGGACUACAAAUGCAGAUGCAGGCGUCGUGUCAGCGCAGAGGGCCGACGCGCUGACCGUGCUCCGCGAUGUGUUCUACCUUGCAGAGAACCAGAUACCUUUUUUUGUCCUUGAGAAGAUUGGGGAGCUGACGGGUUUGGAGGGUAACGAUAGCGUAUUUAGAGAGGCUCAAAAGUAUAGUCUCAAGCUCAUGAGGGCACAGAAGUACGCAAUGGCCGCGCCGGCAUCAGAGCCGGCAGUGCCAGGUAAUCUUCUCCAUCUUCUUCACAUGUACUUGAAGCCUGCACGGUCCAUCUCUCCUGCUGCACCAGUCAGCGGGACCGUGCGCCGGUGGCGCUCAGCGACGGAUUACUACUUCGCCGGGGUGGUUUUCAAGCGUCGAGAGAUGAGCGAGACAUGGUGUUCAAGAACCGGGGUGAUGCUCGCACCACGUUGCAUCCUCGACGUGAAGCUGAGCAGCGGCGGUGGCACGCUGGAGGUCCCCGUCCUCGACAUCGACGCCGAGACAUGGCGGCUGCUGCGCAACCUGAUGGAGCUGGAACAGCGGAACCGGGAGACGGUCGGGAGCGACGUCACGGCGUACUGCGUGUUCAUAUCCCAGGUGGCCUGCACCUCAAAGGACGUGGAGCUGUUGACGAAGAGAGGGGUCAUCGUGCAUGGCCAGGGCAACAACGACGAGGUGGCCAAAUGCUUCGCCGACCUCUGCAAGGGGAUCAUAUUUGACCCUGAUGACCCCGACUGCAACUACCUACGGGAGACAUGCAAGAAGCUGGAGAAGCGUUUCCAUAGCCACCCGCAGAGGUGGAUGGCGUGGCUGAGGCGGAACUACUUCAGCAACCCUUGGCUCGCCGCCGGGCUCCUGGCUGCUGUCAUUGGACUAGUUUGCGCUAUUGUCCAGGCAGUGUACUCUGUUUUGAGCUACAAGCAUGGAUGAAAUUAGCAAUCUGAUCGAACAUCAUGUGCGAUAUUGCAUGUAGACUUGGAUAAAACUAGUAUGCUGUGUAGCGAAUUGUGGCAGGUUCGCUAGCUAGAUGACCGUUUCAAGGACGUGGUAUUUCUAUUGUUGUUUCUAGUUUUACAUAUUUGCUAGCAAAAUUCUGGAAAUAAAAAUAUGCUAUAUUAAGGCC